UUACCGAAAUCAGUUCUGGACGUUGCUGCUGUACCCAUGCUCGGUUCUUUCGCGUCCAUCCGUUAGGACUGAGAGGACGGAUAGAAAGUUUCGUUCACCUUUCGGAGUAUCUGGGCCAGAAAGAGACCCUCGGUUACUCUCUUCAAACAUGCAGAGCAGCACCAGCUUCCCCUUCUGUGAAAGUCGCUGGCCGACGCCCAGUCAGGAGUUGUAAUACCAAGAUUCCAGUUCUUCUUACGCGACUUGCUAGAGAAGCAGGAAGUUACUUUUUGGGGAGAAAGCUGGCAAGGGAGGAAGAUUCUGUUCUGCCCGCUGGUCCACCACCUCAGGGGAACGAUGGCCGCAGAGUCCACAGCCACUGCCGCCAUCACCGCGGAGCUGGUUUCCGCCGACAACCAUGAAGAUUUUCAAAGGAUUGAAGAAGAUGCUCCUGCUCCCUCUACCUCUGCAGAUAAAGUGGAUAGUUUGGAUGUGGAUAAUGAAGCUAAGAAACUGUUGGGUUUAGGACAGAAACAUCUGGUGAUGGGGGAUAUUCCAGCAGCUGUCAAUGCAUUCCAGGAAGCAGCUAGUCUUUUAGGUAAGAAGUAUGGAGAGACCGCUAAUGAGUGUGGAGAAGCCUUCUUUUUCUAUGGGAAAUCACUUCUGGAGUUGGCAAGAAUGGAGAAUGGUGUGUUGGGAAAUGCCCUGGAAGGUGUGCAUGUGGAAGAGGAGGAAGGAGAAAAAACAGAAGACGAAUCUCUGGUAGAAAAUAAUGAUAACAUAGAUGAGGAAGCAAGGGAAGAGUUGAGAGAACAGGUUUAUGACGCCAUGGGAGAAAAAGAAGAAGCAAAAAAACCAGAAGACCAGUCUCUGGUAAAGCCUGAAAUUGAUAAAGAGCAGGAGACUGAAAUGGAGAAGGGUGGAAGAGAAGAUAUGGAUAUAAGUGAGCCUGCACAGGAACUACAGGAAAAAGUUGAAUCCACUCCAGAUCAGUUAGCUGAAACCACUGAGGAAGCAAAAGAAACAGCAGCACCAGAAGGACUGAAUGAAGCCAAGGUCACUUCUGAGAAGAGACCAGAGGAGGAAGCACCAGAUGCUGAGGAAGAAAAAUCAGUUUGUAGAACUAACAUCCAAGAAGAAUGCAGAGAAAAAGGAGGUCAAGAAAAGCAGGGAGAAGUAAUUGUGAGCAUAGAGGAGAAGCCAAAAGAAGCUUUAGAAGAGCAGUCUGAUAUGACUCUUGAAAAGCAGGGUACUGCAGUGGAGGCAGAAGCAGAGCCUAUAGAUUCAACAGUCAAGCCAGUGGAUGUGGGUGGGGAUGAGCCAAAGGAGCAGGUAGCUGCCUCUGAAAAUGAGUCAGGAAAGGCUGUUCUUGAGCAGCUGGUAGGGCAAGAAGUGCCUCCUGCUGAAGAGUCACCAGAGGUGACAGUAGAGGCUGCAGAGUCCUCAGCUGUAAAAGCUGGGUCAGAAGUCUCUGAGAAGCCUGGGCAGGAGAUCACAGUUCUCCCUAAGGAUGGUGCAGUCAAUGGACUGUCAGCUGCAGGAGAUCAGACUCCUGUUGAACAACAGACUAAUGCAGAAGGACUGACAGAAACAAAAGAUGGCUCAGGACUAGAGGAGAAGGUCAGGGCAGAGUUGGUUCCUAGCCAGGAGGAGAUUAAGCUGUCCACAGAAGAGUCUGAGGCAGCUGGAGAUGGGGUUGAGACCAAGGUAGCCCAGGGGGCUACUGAGAAAUGCCCUGAAGACAAAGUUAAGAUAGCUGCUAAUGAAGAAACACAAGAGAGAGAAGAACAGAUGAAAGAGGGUGAAGAAACUGAAGGCUCAGAAGAGGAGGAUAAAGAAAAUGACAAGGCUGAAGAAAUACCAAAUGAAUCCAUUCUUGAAAACAAGUCUCUUCAAGAAAGUGAAGAGGAAGAGAUUGGGAAUCUAGAGCUUGCCUGGGAUAUGCUGGAUUUAGCAAAGAUUAUUUUUAAAAGGCAAGAAACAAAAGAAGCUCAGCUUUAUGCUGCGCAGGCACAUCUUAAACUUGGAGAAGUUAGUGUUGAAUCUGAGAAUUAUGUCCAAGCUGUGGAGGAGUUCCAGGCCUGCCUAAACCUUCAAGAACAGUACCUGGAAGCCCAUGACCGUCUCCUUGCAGAGACCCACUACCAGCUGGGCUUGGCCUAUGGGUACAACUCUCAGUAUGAUGAGGCAGUGGCACAGUUCAGCAAAUCCAUUGAAGUAAUUGAGAAGAGAAUGGCUGUACUAAGUGAGCAGAUGAAGGAGGCUGAUGGAUCAUCUUCUGAAUAUGAAAAAGAAAUUGAGGAGCUGAAGGAACUGCUACCUGAAAUUAGAGAGAAGAUAGAAGAUGCGAAGGAGUCCCAGCGUAGUGGGAAUGUAGCUGAAUUGGCUCUGAAAGCAACUCUGGUGGAGAGCUCUACUUCAGGUUUCACUCCUAGUGGAGGAGGCACUUCAGUCUCCAUGGUUGCCAGUAGAAAGCCAACAGAUGGUGCUUCCUCAUCUAACUGUGUGACUGAUAUUUCCCACCUUGUCAGAAAGAAGAGGAAACCAGAGGAAGAGAGUCCCCGAAAAGAUGAUGCAAAGAAAGCCAAACAAGAGCUGGAGGUGAAUGGAGGCAGUGGGGAUGCCGUCUCCAGUGGAAAUGAAGUUUCAGAAAACAUGGAGGAGGAGGCUGAGAAUCAGGCUGAAAGCCGGGCAGCAGUGGAGGGGACCGUGGAGGCUGGAGCAACAGUUGAAAGCACUGCAUGUUAAGAGAGGGCGCAGAGCCUUCCUCUUGAGGGAAAGUGUUUUUGUAUAUAAUGUAUUUUUUCACUUUGGGGGGAUUCUUUUUGUAUAACUUCAAUAAAGAUUGUAAGCAAAGGUUGAGGCUUUGAUGAUUUUUUUCUUAGACAUUGGCUGAAUCUGUGCCUUGGAACGCUCCAGGUUUUGUAUAGUGGCGAAAGGCACCCCCCACUCCCUUUCUGUACUGUUCUCAUCCAAAUUCCUACCUAUUGUGGAGGUGAUUAAAUCAAGCAUGGUUAUAGGCCUUUUGUCUUCCAAUGGUGCUAUGCUUUUUCCAUUUUAAAUACUGCACUCAGCUGUGUUGCAAACCUUCAGUGGUGCUGUCCCUGGAUGGGGGCUACAAAAACAAGACUUGGUGAAGAUCUUGCUCUUUGGUGCUGAUACUUCUGUUUGAUGGACUUUGUGAGCUGAUAACCGCCUCUGAGUCAGCCCUUGGUACUUUUAUCCACUUAGUCUCCAACUGGGGGCCAAUAAUCCUGUCUGGAAAAAGAACUCUGAAAAAAACUUGUGAGGGAGUAGUGGGGGAAACCUUGAGAACUGGUGUGCUAAUUAUAGAGAAAUGAGCUUUCUGGUUUGAAAGUGGCUGAGGGACAGACUGGACCCUUUGGAUGUGCUUGGGAGAAUCUGUGGGGAGGCUGGUUGAUGGAGUUUUGUUUUCUGUACAGAAAGGCUGAAACUAUCAACUUGAAUCCGAAUUGUUACCCCAUCUGCAGUUUUGACUUCUCAAAUAAAGAUGCUAAAAAAGC